AUGGCUGGGCUUUCCUUUGACAAUUACCAGAGAAACCAAUUCUUGACCGCCAAAGGCUAUGCUACGCCUAAGGCUACAUCUACAGGUACAACUAUUGUCGGAUGCAAGUUCAAAGGCGGUGUGGUGAUCGCCGCAGACACUCGUGCCACUGCAGGUCCCAUUGUGGCCGACAAAAACUGUGAAAAGUUGCACAGAUUGGCCCCUAGAAUAUGGUGUGCUGGAGCAGGUACUGCCGCCGACACCGAAAUGGUCACGCAGUUGAUUGCGUCCAAUCUUGAGCUACAUGCAAUGUGGCAGAAUAGACAACCACGGGUGAUUACCGCUUUGACGUUGUUGAAGCAGCACUUGUUCAAGUACCAGGGACACUUGGGAGCAUACUUGAUCGUGGCAGGCACAGACCCCACAGGAGCCAAGUUGAUGUCAGUGCAGGCACACGGAUCCACCGAUGUUGGCGAAUACUUGUCCUUGGGCUCUGGUUCAUUGGCUGCCAUGGCCGAGUUGGAGACUUACUGGAAGCCAGACAUGACCAGAGACGAGGCAGUCAAGUUGUGUGCGGAUGCCAUUGAGGCCGGUAUUUGGAACGAUUUGGGUUCUGGUUCUAACGUGGACGUAUGUGUGAUGGAGGUUGGCAAGGAUGCUCAGUUGUACCGUAACUACUUGACGCCUAAUGUGAGAGGAGCUAAGGCCAGGUCCUACAAGUUUGCUCGUGGUACCACGGCAGUUCUCAGACAGAGCAUACGCGACAUUGUUGAUGUUGAGGAGACGGUGGUUGAGUUUGGCCGUCUGGACGCCAUGGAAGUUGAUGCUUAG